GGGUUUUAUUCACAGCGCAGUAUUGUGAGUGAUCCGGCGGCCGCUGCAGUAGGAGGAAGGACCGCGGUAACGGUUCUGGUGCUUCUACCUCUUGUGUCUCUCUCUCUCACUUUUUGCUUCGAAACCCUAUCGGUGGCGUCUUCUAAUAUCAAUCGGUAAUUCGGAUGAACAGUGACGGCCUUUUAUGACCUACAAUCAGCGGCGUUACCCACCGUACAGUGACACCCAUCGCCAUUUUACCCGCUACACGUUUUCCGUGACAGCAGCGCUAGCACAACAAUGGCUCUGAAGAGAAUCAACAAGGAGUUGACUGACUUGGCACGGGACCCGCCUGCUCAGUGCUCUGCGGGACCAGUAGGAGAGGACAUGUUUCACUGGCAAGCCACAAUAAUGGGACCUAACGACAGUCCUUACCAAGGCGGGGUAUUCUUCCUGACCAUUCACUUCCCCACAGACUACCCCUUCAAACCGCCAAAGGUUGCAUUCACCACAAGAAUCUACCACCCAAAUAUCAACAGCAACGGCAGCAUUUGCCUUGAUAUUCUGCGGUCACAGUGGUCUCCCGCUCUCACCAUCUCCAAAGUUCUCCUCUCCAUCUGCUCUCUGCUGUGUGAUCCGAACCCAGACGACCCCUUAGUACCUGAGAUCGCCCGCAUCUACAAGACGGACAGGGACAAGUACAACAGAAUAGCGCGGGAAUGGACACAAAAGUAUGCAAUGUAGUGUUGGAGAAGAACCAUGGCCAACCACCUCUACGACUGAAGGCUAGGGGAACUUUGAAGUAAAGAGAAAACAAACGACAACAACAAAAAAAAGUACAAAUGAAAAAGCUUAAAACAAGAUCUUGUUGGUUUCCAUUGGAGUGCUUUCUUUGAGCCACGCCCCCCCCCCCCCCCCCCCCCCCACCAGAGCACCUGUAGAACUCCCUCUCCCCCCGGGGCUCUCGGUGUCUCCCUGUCCCCUCCCCCCCCGCCCACUCUGCUGUACAUAUUUUCAACUCGAUAUUGAAAACACGCCCCGCCCCCCUCACCCCUGUGACCCCGACCCCACCCUGCCAUGGUACCCUUUUGUUUUAUUUGAUUUGGUCACGUCCUUCCUAUCACACGGCGUGUGGACAGUGUGCCACACACCAGUCGCCCUGAUCUCCUAGUUCUGAACCCAUGUGCGCCAAUUCCCUCACUCACUCGCUGACUCCAAACGUUGAUCACUUUAAGCAUUCCUUUUACCAUCAGUUAAGCUUAGGGGACCUGCUCCCCCCCCACCCCGCGUUGGGGACAGGGACUCGGGGUAGAGGGAUCAUGUUUACGCUCUGCACUCUUUCUUGAUUUACAUUUUUCUUUGUAUUCUUUUUUUUUUUUUUUUCUACGCCUCAUCACCGACUGUAGAGGUGACGAUUCAAGCAAGCGGGUUUGGCAGUCGUGUCAAGGGGGCACGUUGAAUUUCCUAUGAGGAAAUCUAUUUAACAAAUUCUAAAAAAAAUCAUAGCAGGAUGUGUGAAAUGGAGAACGUAAUGUAAACGGGCUGUUCUGGUCUCCUCUUCCAUUCUAUGAAAGGACUUGACCUGAUCUGGUCACCCUUCCACUCCCCGCCUCACUGUGGCCAUAGAACAAAGGUCCGCCCUUUUCACACAAACGCACAAACCAAUACUUUCCCCAUAUCACCGCCACCGACAUUCACGACGUGGAAGUUCUACACCAGGUAAUCCGUUUGGUUUUAAUUUAAUUUUAAUAGUUUUUUUUUUUUUUUUUU